GAACAUUCAGUCAAGCCGCGAUCGCCGAGCUCUACGGACGUCUAUAUCUCUAAGUCUUCGAGUCGUGAAUCGGAAUUAAAGUGAACUCAAGUGCCGACCGGAAAAUUCUUUCGGCCAAGAAAGGUCUGCGAGAACUAAGAUCUCAAGCGAUUGUGUUUUUGUGUAAUUGACAUUGGAUGUCUCUGAACGCCGAACGAUCGUACAAAAUGAAACUGCGCGAUGUGGAAAACGCCUUCAAAUACCGGCGCAUACCGUAUCCCAAGCGUUCCGUCGAGCUGAUCGCCCUGCUGGCUAUUUCGUGCACCUUCUUCCUGUUCAUGCACACCAACAAACUGAACAGUCGCCUCAAGGAGAUGGAGGUGAAGCUGCAGCCAUCCGAGUUUUCGGCCCUCGGUCUAACGGGCAACCACAUCAGCGGACACGAUGCGGGCGGCAAGCACGAUGACAUCAACACCCUGCACGGCACCUUCCAAUAUCUGAAGAGCACUGGCCAGAAGGUCGGAUAUAAUGUUCACGAUCGCCGGAGCAGCGAAGAGGAGCUGCGAACUCCAACGGCACAUGGACACCAUCAUGAUCACCACUCGCAUCACCAUCAUGUGCAUCACCAGGAAAAGAUCGAUGGGCACAAUCACAAGGCGUCGCAUGACAAACAACUGGCUGUUCCCGACAACAAGCACAAUGAAGAUGAGGUCCACUACGAAGACGAUGAGGAUGAAGUCGAGGAAAAUGACGAUGACUUGGCCAAUGCUGUGGGAAGCACUGAAGGCGAAGACUUCAACUUCAAAGCCGAUCUCCUGAACAACACCAAGUACGCCGAGGUGGACUUUGUCUUCUUCAAUCGAGUGCCGAAAGUGGGCAGUCAAUCGCUGAUGGAGCUGAUGGCUCGUCUGGGCAAGAUCAAUGGCUUCACCCAUGCUCGGAAUAAGGGCAGUGCCCACGAAACGAUCGUGAUGAACAAGCAGCGGCAGAAUGAUCUUAUAGCCGAUCUCCUGACCCGACCAAAGCCACACAUAUAUAGCCAGCACAUAGCCUACAUAAACUUCACUCGCUUCCACUUGCCCAAGCCCAUUUAUAUCAACUUGAUUCGCGAUCCGAUCGAUCGGAUCAUCAGCUGGCACUAUUACAUUAGGGCUCCGUGGUACUAUCGCGAUAUGCAGGCCAAAUUGGGGGAUAAAGCAAUUCCCAUGCCCUCGGAAGAGUUCAUGAACCUCGAUCUGGACACCUGUGUGCGGAACCACGAUCCCCACUGCACGUUCACCCAAAUGCAGAUCAAGAAUCCGGUGGGCGAUCACCGACGACAGACGCUCUUCUUCUGCGGCAUGAAUCAGAAGCUGUGCAUGCCCUUCAAUUCGGAGGCGGCCAUGCAAAAGGCCAAGAGGACAGUGGAGACGGAGUACGCUGUUGUGGGCACCUGGGAGGAUACGAAUAUAACGCUCUCCGUUUUGGAGGCGUAUAUACCGCGAUUUUUCCGCAAUGCCAAAGUGGCCUACUACUUGGGAAAAGACCGAUUGUCGCGGGUGAAUCGCAACAAUGUCACUCGAAUCGUCAGCGAUGAAACUAGACUUAUUCUGCGGAAAAAUCUCACCAACGAGAUCGAGUUUUACGAGUUUUGCAAACAGCGUUUGUAUCUUCAGUAUGCCGCCCUAAGUCAUGGAGAGCGAUUCGGGGAGGAUGACUAUCUUCUGGUACCCGAACAGCAAAACGACUACAAUGAGGCCUAUUAGUAAGGAUACCUUUGAUAGGAACAAAGUGAAUAAGUGAUAAGCCAGUAUGAAAUGUAUAAGAAAACCGAGAAAACUCAGGACUGCUAGAACACAUUAAAAUAAAUGAAGCUGAAAAACUAUAA